AUGAAGAUGUUCCUCACGGUGGAGUAUGAGAAGCCAGACCCGGACUUGCACACAGAGCUCUUCUGCAAAUAUCCGUACCCUUUCGAACAGUUCCCUGUAGAACGGCGGCAGAUCUCAUCCUUCGGUGAUGUGGACGGUCCGGAGAUUGCCGUGCAAAUGUUGCUCUCGCAUCUGUUCCCGUUCCGCACAGCGAAGUUCUAUUUCGGGGACGUGUGUCGCGAGACGACCAACUUCAUUUUGAUUUCUGAGACGAUCGAGUUCUCCAAGCGCGGGCGCAUCGAGAAAGGCAAAGUGGUUGAGCAGAUCGACUACGGGCCCUACCAGGUGUCUUAG